UUUCUUAUGGAAACUCACCACAAGUGCCUCAAGAUAGGCAACUACUGGAUGAGAAUCCCAAAAUAUGAGCACCACAGCAAGUGCAAGCACUGCCAACAAACAGAAACAAUAGAUCACAUACUUUUCAAAUGCCCACAGAACCAUGGCAAAAGACUCUGGGCCAUUGCCAAAGUGAUAUGCGAUCGCAGGAAGAUCACUUGGCCAACCAACCUCAAUGUCUCACAUGUGAUGGCUGCCCCGAUCGCCAGAAUAAACACCACGAUCGGACAGUUGAAGAAUGGCAAGACCAGGCUAUUCAGAAUAGUAGUACUUGAGUGUGCAUGGCAAGUGUGGAAAGCCAGAUGCUGUAGAGUAAUGAACCCCAAUCGACCACUCACCACACUAAAAGAGGUCACCAACACCUUCCAAGCUGGCCUCAAUGAAAAGCUCCAACAAGAUAUCAUGUCAACGUGCUGUAAGAGAUUCAGCCACAAAGCGCUACCAGCAAAACUCGUGCUACACACCUGGAGUGGCAACCUACAAGAAGAAGAGCGGUUUCCGGACAGCUGGCUUCACAGCAGCAGGGUUUUAGUGGGUAUACCGGACCGGGAGUCCCACACACAUGCAUAA